CCCGGCGCAGCGUAGCUCCGCGGUGCUAGCCGGCGAGUCGGAGCUCUCCCCGCCCGUGCUGCUGCUGCACGGCCGGCACGUGCUGCGCGAGCGAGGCGCUUGACCCCCGCAGGCCUUUCCGCUCGCUGUUAUGCGAAAGACAUCUAAAGACACUGGGGACACAAUGUCAGUAAACAGCGGAGUGGAAAAUGACAUCAGAAAAUCUGAUAUAAGCACUAAGAAGAGAAAUUCAAUUAAGAAAAAAGUUCAAAACUUCAGUCACGAGUCUGAUGAUACUGCUCUGGUUACAUUACUUCAGACGUAUAAAGAUAAACCUGAUAUUGCCAAACAAAGUGCCAAAUAUACACUGUCAAAAACAAAGACUGAUUCAAUUCACGAAGAAGAAGAAGAUAUCCUUAAAAACAAAGAUAAGGACAUCGAGAGAGGGAAUUUAUGUAAACCUGCUACAACAGCACAUAAUAUAUCAACAAAUAUUGUCAAUGAGCGUAGCAAAAUGUUGGAUUCCGUUAUAGUUUGUAGUCCGACCACUCAUGUUUUUGGUAGCAAAAGCAUGACUUCAUCUUAUAAUACAACUACAAAUUCCUUACUUAUUGAAAUGAAUGAUAAAACAACAAGCAGUGUCAAUACAAAUGCUUUAAUUUUCACAACUGCAAAGAUUCAUACAGAUAGUAAACCUAAAACCAUGGAUUCCAUUCAGUUAUCCUCUACUCCUAUAUUAUCAACUGCCGAAGGAAAUUUCAUCAGAGCUGAAAUAACACCCAUUUUAUGUAACCUUCCCCCCAAACUUGAUUUAAUAACAGCCAGUAAUUUGAAUAAGGGAAUGUCACAAUCUACAAAUGAACCUGCAUGUAAAGCAAAUUCGAAAAAAUCUGGACAAGCGACAAAUGAAAUUAAAACACUUCUUGAUAAAUCAUCAACAUACAAUUUUGUGGACAAAAUUUUAGAAAAAGAUGUAAAAGACAUGUCCAAAGUACUUCCCAGUACAACCUCAACGCCAUUGCCUACAUAUUUCUAUACAGCAGGUAUUCAUAGAGAACAGAAUAAUCAGGUGAAAAAUAAACCAGGCGAUGAUACUGAAAUCACAAUGAAAACGGACACGCAAAUAACUAAAGACGAGAAUAAAAUAAAUUCAAAAAUAAUGAAUGACAAUAAAAAAUCAGCAGAUACAAAAUUAGAAAAUACAAGUAGUAUCAAAAAAUUACAGCGACAAAAACACGCAGCCGUUGAAGAAUCAAAUAAUUCGAAUAUGACUCAUUCUGAAAAUAAAAAAAAAAAUAUUGAAAGUCAGGUAGAAAAAUCGACAAAAACUAUAGAUACACCGAAUACGAACCCUUUAAAAACAAAUGGUUCAAUUCAGACUGAUACUCUAAAAAGAACUACACUUUCUACAGUUCAAACGAAAAUCGUAAAAACUUGUCCAAUGUCAUGUACAUCUGGAACGGAAAACAUUGCUACUGUUUCCACCACAGCACCGAUUUCUAAGUCAGUGACAACGGUUAAAUCAAUUACAACUGGUGCAAAGAAUUCCAAUAAAGAAACUUCGUCCGACUCUUCAUCACUAUUAAAAUUUUCUAGCGAUACUAAAGGCCCUGGAUCAGGGUCAACACAGUCAACAUCAACUGUAAAAUUAAUAAAUACUUCUAAAGAUGUCAAGGAUGAAACUAAAGAUCUUGUAACAAAAAUAGUAAUGCCAACAACAUCGAUAACUGCCAGUACAUCUACACAACCAUUUAGCACUUUUAAAUUACCACAAACCAGUUCGGUGUCUAAAAUCGAUAAUGCUAAGAAAUCUGCACCACUGACAUCAACUUGUAAAGUACCGCCAACAGUUGAUAAAACGUUAAAAAUCAAUAAAACAAAACCUAAUUCAAGUAUGGAAAGUGAAAGCUUUGCAAUUAAUUCGAAACAAUCUUCUGUUGUAUCUACAUCGAGUAAUAAUGUUCCAGUUUGUACGCCCUUAUACAUCGUUGCAACUUCAAAAACAAAAAUUGGAGGUACGCCUACGUCAAACACUGCAGGUAUUUCAAAAGCACAAAUUGAUAAUUCUAUUACUCAGGUUGUUUCUACGGUAAGAACGACCCCAACAGCUAUAGGUAAACCUUUGGAUAUUCCAAUGUCAGAAAUUGAUCCAAAGGAUUUAAAAAUAAAACCAACUACAUCCAAAUCAAGUCUUAAAAAAUGAACAGUUCAUAUCAUUUAGAUGAAACUUUAAAUAACGUAGGUAAACAUUUUGUGAAAUACAUAAAAAUAUUUCGGCUGACAUACCAUAAGAACACAUUUUUCGGAAUACUCGUAUUUUUUGUUGGGCUUUGACACUCGAGAUGUUAAUAUGUAAUUUCUUCGGUAUCACGAGAGGGUUAUUUUCAAUUAUAUAACAAAAAAGAAAAUUUAUUUUUCUGGUUAUCCUAACAAUACAGGAUAAUAUUAUUUGCUCACUUAGGUAAUUUAUUAAAGGAAUUGAGUGUAAAAAUGUGAAAAUUUAUAUUUAAGAUUAAUGUUGUAAAUCCUUAAGUUGCCGGUAUAACUGAGCUAUAAUAUAUAAACUUGAAAAGUAAUUUGCAUAGCCAUCUUGAAGAUAGCUAAAAUAAUAUUUUUCAUAGACAAUAUUAUGGGUAUUGCUAUUUUUUCAAUUUUUGAUGAACUUUAGAGACAAUUAAUUUCGUCUCAUACAGCGUCAAUUUCUAAAAUUAUUUUAAAAUAUUUAUUCCUGAACCUACAAUAACUUUAAUGAUCUUGCAUUGAGUCAAAUAAUAAAUAUUAGAACAUUUAAAAAAAAUCGUUAUGAGAGAAUAUUAAGAACGCAGGGUAGUUACAGAUAAUAGCAAUUUGAAAUUAAUCUUUUUUGGAAAAUUUUAUUACUAAGAUUUAUAAUACAUUUUACGUUUAUCAUCUUAUUAUUAGCGUACUUUACUUCUUUCACCUUUUAAUGUACCUUAAUAUAAACGUAAAAUUAAAUAUAAAUACAUUUUUGACAAUUUUUAUUAACUUUCUGAUUAAUUAUUUAGUUUUUUAUUCAAUUUACAAUUAAAAUAUAUGUGAUCCAUAAUUUUGUAUAUAAUUUACAUGAAAUAUUUUGAGUUGUUUGCUGAAUAUUUUGCCUAUGUAAUAAUUUAAAAUCAAAUCAUACAAAUACAAAAUGAAAAUGCACCCAAAAUAGGUAGCAAUAUUUACAUAUCCAAUAGUUCCAUAUAAAAUGUAGGCAUGUAAUGAAAAAUAAACUAGGAUUUUUUUCUUGUUUGUUUGUAGGUGAAGUAGUAGCUUUAAGCUGAUAUACAUUAGAGUUGUACGUCCGAUUAGUAUAGUUUUCGUAAUCCGUCUAAUCCUGCUCAUAUUGAUGUAUUCUACACUGAUUCGAGAUUUGUUGUGUGUUGUCUUGCGGCUGUAUGUAAUUUAAAAUCCAAUUAUUAAACACGGCACUUAUGUUAAUUUGUAUCACGUUAUAUCAUCGUAAUUAAAAACACGAAAAGUAGGUAUAUAAAAUCUAAGUGUUUGUUGUUAUUUUAUACAUAAUUACAUUUUUCGGUAAUUGUUAUAAAAAUGAGUGACGAGUACAUUCUAAUUAUUUGUUCCAUUACUAAAUAUUGCAUAUUUUGAAAAAACUGCUUCUACCGUUACACAUACAACUCCUGAGGGGUUUAAAUAAUUAAUGUUCUAUAGUUACUUCAGUACUAAUGGUAUUUGGUGUACUAUAUUAUGUACUUUUAAUAGGUAGGUAUACCUGAAAAUUAUGCGAUAAAUUCAGUGGACACUUGCAAUAAAUUUAGACUGACCACGGUAUUAAAAAUACGAGUUAAAGUUUAUCUCUACUCCUAAUUUAGUAAAUUAUUACUAUUCAAUUAUUUCAUUCAAUAAUAUUACGUUAUGUCAUAUAAAUUAUGCCACCUUCUCCUUUACAUAAUAAUUAAUUAAUUAUAAAUAUAUCAAACCUACAAAAACACAUUUGCUUUACUUUUUCCAUAUAAUGUGAUUUAAUUAAGAUAUAGUUUAUGUAAGAUUAUAGACAAAAUUUAAAGUCGACGAUGUACAAUAAUAAACAACAUACAUUCCUAAUUUUUAUGCUACUUAAGAGAUUUAAUAUACUUAAUUAAUUGUUUAUUAUAACAAAAAUAUAUUUUUAUACUUAUUUAACACUUUUAUAUAAUUUUUAAGUUCCUGUUUAUUUAAAACAUAAUUGAAAGGAAAUAUUAACUAACUUAGAACCUUAACAGAAUUGUUAUUUAUUCACAAAUUGUUUUUUUUAUUUGUUUAUUGCUAACAAUGUAUAUCUAUAAAUAUUAUUUUUUUAUUAAAAUUUAUAAUAAUUAAUCUAUCUAUCUGGUGUAGUGUGUCUUAAAUGCAUAAUCAGAAAAAUGUCAAAAUGAAAAUUGAUCAAGUUAUGAUAAAGUACAAUGUAGGAACAGUCUUGUUAUAUUUAGCAUCUAGAAUAAAAUAUAGGAAACUUUCAAUGUAGAACUUCGUAAAUUUGCUAAAUGGGUAGGGCAAUUAGACGUAGAAAAUACGGUCAUUGCAGUUUAUCUACGAAUAUUUUAAUAAUAUCCUUUCUUCAUUUUAAUAGCGGAGCUUAAAUCUUUGAGCACUACAUGAUAUAAUAUAAUUAUAUUGUGAAAUUGAUACCUAAAUAUUAAUAUCGUAAAAACUUUUAAAACUGUUUUAAAUGUGUGUUUAAUAUCAAUAAGUUAAACUUUAAAUAAUAAUUAGAUUCAUAAUGACAUGACACUGUCUCGACAUAUUAUUAUAAAUGUAUUCGUAAGAAAAUAGUUUCAAUUAAAACAAUUGCAUACAUAAAGGUACCUACAGAAGUAAGUACCAUAUCCACUUCUGUACUUAAAGUCACUUUAGAAUUUAGACUUGUCGUUUAGAUGUUAUAAAAUUAUUAGACUGUACGUUAUAAGGAAUCUGUAGAAACUUAAAACAAUUGUUUAUUUAUAAUUUUAGAUGAAUUUAUUUUGAUAAAUCAAAUGUUUAAUCCCGUUAUGUUUUUAUACCUUUUACAAACAAAACAUUUGUUACUUUAAAUAGAUAAGUAAUUAGUUAGUAAUUUUUUUUUAUAAAUAACAAAUAUUUUUAUUGUCUGCACAUUUGCGCAAAGGAAAAUGAGCGAACAGUUUUUUAUGAUUGACAUUACUAAUGAUAAUUUUGAGAAUUUGAAAUUGUGAGUUGUGUCCAUGUUAAUAAUGAAAAAGUUACCGUGCUAAAUCUUUAAUCAAUGUCCAACCCAUAGAUGAAUUUAAAUCUUUCUUAAAGACGUCUCGUCAGGGUUAUAAUAUAUUGGAUUAAAAUUUUGUUAAUGAGGAAUAUUUAAAACGUUCAUGAAUUGCUGCUUCGUAUAUCUACAUAUACGAACAUUGAAAUGUUUCAUAAUAUAUACGUACAUUUACCACCAUCAAUUUAUACGCCUAAUAUUAGACAUUGUUGUUAAACUUGAUGUAUUUUAGAAAAUUAUUGAAUUAAUCGAUGUUAUAUAGAUGUUUACUGUACAUAUAGACAUAAAUAAAGCCAACGUAUGAAGUUCUGAGUGUUAUAGAAGGCUGUAUUUUUGGGUGAUAUUUUAGAAAGAGGAGGCCAGCAUAUCUUUGAUACCAUUAUUUGACAAAAAGGAUGGAAAAGCAUAGAAAUAUUUAGAAAUGAUGUGAUAAUUAUGCAUUUAGUUCUAGUGUUGUUGUGCUAUUAAUAAAAU